AUGUCUAAGUCGGUAAAAGUUAAGGAAACUUCUGAAGUUCCAGACAACUGGAGCGAACAGUUGGAAGAAGUAGCACAUGAAGCGUCUCGAUGUAACAAGAUUCUAUCUUCGUAUCCAGUAGAAGUAGUUCAUUCCAACGAAUACGCAAUUUCAGAUGAACCCGAGCCAGAAGAAUCAGAAGAACCAGAAAUGCCAGAAGACUCUGGAAGUGGGGAGUUUGUCUUCUCUGAAGCGUUACGACAUCUCCUCCAGUGGAACUCCACCACUAGCGAAACAACAUCUCUUCUUCCCUUGUAUCCUAUAUCAGGUUCUCAGAUUCAGAGAUCGUACAUCGAAUCUUUGUUGGAGAUUGUAUGGAGAUAUCUCGCUACCAGAGCCAUGCGGAGGUUUUUCAGAAGGUACAAGACAACUGUGAUAAUUGUUUCCAUCGUUAUUGCAACUGCUGUUGUUGUCUUGCUUUUCUAUACUAGUCAAUGGAAAAACGUCGUGAGGUUUCUACAAUUGGUAGUCUGUUACUUUCUCGAACAGUAUGGUCAGAGUCCACAGUUCUGUCAAACGUCUUGA